AUGAUACCUUCUGAGAAAAAUAAAUUAGAUUUAAAUACAUUAACAGAAGAAGAAAAGAAAUUAUUUCGUCUAUAUGGGAAAUUGCCUCAGAAGAGUGAUAUUUUAAAUAAUAAACUUAAAGAAAGAAAAUAUUUUGAUUCUGGUGAUUAUGCAUUAUCAAAAGCAGGGAAAGCUUCUGAUGUUGGUAUUACUAAUGUUGGAUCACAAAUACCGUCACUAGAAAAAAUUUCGCAAUACAUGAGCCUAAGUGGAUAUUCUAACAUUUCAAGCGGAAGUUCUAUUUCUAAUUUUUCUGGGUCACCGGUUAAAGAGAGUAGUUUAUUACAUUGUAGUAUUUCAACAAGUCAGGCGUCUACCGUAGAUGAUACAGAGAAUGAUUUAGGGUCAACUUUGCAUGAUUAA